AAGGCACAGGUGAAGUAGAGCCCCACGUUCCGUCCAUCUUUGUACUGUUGGUAGAACUUCGCCUCCAUCAAGUACUCCCACUCGGCAACUUAGCAACAUGGACGGCGGGAACAAGACAAUGGAGUAUUCGGAGGGAGUGAGGGAAGCUUCGGAGACAAGUGGAGCGGCUCUUCCGAGUUUGUGCUCGGGACGCCUCGGUUCGUGUAUCCCGGUCAGUUACCGUAAUGAACUGCUUCAACUCUUCAAGCUAGCAGGGCCAGUGGUCAUUUCCCAGAUGAUGGUUUUCAUGAUCAGUCUGGUCAGCACGGUGUUCUGUGGCCAUCUGGGGAAAACGGAACUUGCAGCUGUAUCCUUAUCAAUAGCGGUGGUUAAUGUCACGGGUAUUUCCAUUGGCACCGGUUUGGCGAUGACGUGCGAUACCCUCAUAUCUCAGACAUAUGGGAGUGGUAACCUGAAGCGUGUGGGGGUGAUUCUCCAGAGGGGCAUCCUCAUUCUGCUGCUGGCUUGUUUCCCAUGCUGGGCUGUCCUCAUACACACCGAACCGCUUCUACUGGCUGUACGACAGAGCCCCGAUGUCGCCAGGCUAUCACAACUCUACGUGAAGAUCUUCAUGCCUGCUCUGCCGGCAGCGUUUAUGUACCAACUACAAGGGAGGUACCUUCAAAACCAGGGAAUCAUUUGGCCUCAGGUCAUAACUGGCGUGAUUGGAAACAUCCUAAACGCAGUCAACAAUUACGUCUUCCUCUAUCCGCUGGAUUUGGGAGUUGCUGGAUCCGCAGCAGCCAACGCCAUCUCACAGUACCUGCUGGCCGUUGUCUUGUUUGUGUAUAUUUGCUCCAGAGGUUUGCACAAAGCCACGUGGGAAGGCUGGUCACUGGACUGUCUCCAGGAGUGGGGGCCCUUUGUCAAACUGGCCGUACCGAGCAUGCUAAUGCUUUGUCUUGAGUGGUGGAUGUUUGAGGUGGGAGGAGUCCUGGCUGGCCUCAUUAGUGAGGCUGAGCUGGGAGCGCAAGCCAUAGCAUACCAACUGACAGCUAUAGCGUACAUGUUCCCACUUGGAUUUUCAGCCGCUGCUAGCGUGCGAGUGGGGAAUGCUCUUGGUGCAGGAAACAUCGAGCAGGCCUGGCUGUCUUGCAAAGUUCCCAUCAUCUGUGCAUUCAUAACAGCCUGUUUUAUUGGAGCUACCUUCAGCCUUUGCAGGAAAGUAGUUGGAUACAUUUUCACCACAGAACAAGACAUCCUGAAAAGGGUUGCUGACGUCUUGGUGGUUUUUGGCUUCAUGCACAUUGCUGACGCUGUUGCGGGUGUCAGUGGAGGCGUCAUUCGAGGAGCGGGAAAACAAAAGAUUGGCGCUGCGUGUAAUCUGGUGGGAUACUACUUCAUCGGCUUUCCCAUUGGUGCCUCCUUGAUGUUUGCAGCAGGAAUGGGUAUCGUUGCAGGACUUUGGACUGGACUGACUGUGUGUGUGUUGGCUCAGUCCAUUUUCUUCAUCGCUUAUUUGCAUAAGCUUGACUGGAAAAAGGCCGCUGAAGAGGCACGUUUGAGAGCUGGAGUCCAGGUCAAGGUGGAGGUCCCGGACACGGACACGGACGCAGUGGAAGAUCCAGACUCUGUGGUGAAAGCGGGUAAGGUUACCGCCGUCGCGUCCGGCUGUGAGAGCGGCGUUGAGGACCACGUUGCAGCCACCAUCGUUGGAGAUGUUCUCUCAAGAACACAGCUGCUUGUACGGCGGGCUUUGACUUUACUCAUCAUGGUUGUCAUCCUCGUGGUUGGAAUCCUGAGCAGUGGCUUCCUCACUGGAUUGCUCAAAUGAUGCUUUGACCGGCAAACGAAAAACUGUUGGACCCCUUAAAGGGGCCCCGUCCUUCACUUGUCAGGCUUAUGUUUCAUAGGUUGUAUUCUUCUUUGACAUGACGUGGAAGUGUCAUAGCCAAAAUCUCGUGUAUUUUUGGGUGAGACAACAUCACGGGAUUUCCCACGUCUGUAGGAAGUCCAUAUAUGGCAGCUUGACGGCAACGCAGUACCGCAAAUAAGAAUGGUGAUUUGUUGUUUUCUGGGGAGCUAAAGACCCACCUUGGGAGCUAAGUACAGUCCCACGCCAGAUUGUCCGAUAUUCCAACCGUUCCAAAAAUAAUAACUACCACAGCAUGUGAGCUUUGUCUUAAAAAUUUGUUGACGUAACUCCUGUGAAUUUGCAGACCGAUCGUGUUCCCAGUGCGGAUGGCCUAGUGUCAAGCAAGCUAGCGAGCUACUCAGUUAGCCCUGAAUUUAUUUCUUUUAAACUUUAGAAGCCAAAAAUGUACCACUUCCACACUGAAUGGGAGAACAUUUUUUUUACAUUUUGGCUGACUUCAUGCAGUGUUAAGGUAAUGCAAUGUAAGGUACUGUCUAAUAAUAGACAUAAUAACAUAAUUGCUACCAAACAGCCAACAUUUGUUUUGGCUGUUUUUCUGAAUUAAUUUCUGAUAUGGCGUUGGGAGCGGUCAUCAAAUACGUCAUUUUGUAAUACUUCACCUGAGGGCGGGCCAAAAAAUACCAGAGAACUAGUGUUCGAUAUUUCAUUGGCUUGUGAUGUUUAUAAGAAUUAAUUAUUGGCCACCUUCCUAUUCUCAUUCAGAGCGCCUGUUUUCACACCUGCCACCAGAGGGCGCUGCCGGCCCUUCAUUCUCUUGGCUGGGGCGUCAAUUGCUGAACAGCACUGUUAAUUCAUUCAGUGUUGAAUUAUUAUUAUUAUUAUUAUUAUUUUACAGGUACUGCAUCGUAAAACAAAGCACAUAUAUUUAGGGACUUGUUCAGAAAUAAUCAUGGCAUGUUUUUCUUAAAAAAAUAUACAGUAACAAUGUUCAUACAGUAGUUCAGGCAUUAGUUGCAAAUGGUGAUUAACCAUGAUUAAUUCGUUUGAAAUGAUAUGACAGCCCUAAUAAAAACAUAAACUAAAAAUUGUGAA